UAGUACAUUUAUUUAUCAUUUAUAUAUGGCAAAUGCGUUGUAUAUACUACUAUCCCUCCCUCUUGUAUUCGGACCAUCCAUAAUCUCCGCAACCGUCGACAUGCAUCCAAAAUAACUCAUUUGAAUUGACCAUAUAUAUGUAUAUAUAUAUAUACAGAUAAAUAUAUAUAUAUAUAGCCCAAAUCCCAACCGAACCAACUCCCUGCUCCAAAUAAUUCGAUACUAUUAUAGACCAAUUGUUCUUGCUGAACCAGCUGCACGCAUCAGCGUCGGGGUUGAAGGCCUUGUUAACAGAAGAAGUGGGCAACGGCAUCGAACGAGCGCGUCGGGCGUGUGGGGGGCAUGGGUACAGCGCUACGAGUAAUUUGCCAUACAUUUUCCAAGAAUUCAUUGGCGCCUGUACCUAUGAAGGCACCAAGGACGUACUAGUACAACAACACGGUGCGUUCUUACUAAAAUGUCUGCACAAUCGUCGGGCACCUCCGACGACCAGUACCCCGGGGUUGAACCUACUUGAGUUCCUUCACGUGGACGCGCACUCCAAGUGCGCCGCGAGCCACCCGUCGGACGUGCGUCGUCCGGAUGUGUUGUUGCGGGCGUUCCAAGUGCGCGCACUUGAGCUGCUGGUGCGCGCGGACGCCCACAGCCAAUCGUUGCAUCACUUGACGCAGGCGUCGGUGGCCCACGCCGAGUGGGUUGUAUUAUCUUGCUUUUACGCUGGAGUUGAGGACAUCAAAGAUGGGAAUUUGAAGUUGGCUAUGCUGCAACUGUGGCAAUUGUACGGGUUGUGGCGACUGCAGGCGAAUUUGGGCGAGUUUCGACUGGCAGACCACUUGAGCUCGACCCAAGGAACGUGGGUGCAGGACCAGCUUCUGGCGCUGCUUCCACUCGUUCGACGCAAUGCGGUGGCGCUGGUCGAUGGGUUUGGCUUGUCUGACUUUGAACUCAACUCGACCAUCGGCCGGUACGACGGAGAUAUCUACCGCGCGCUGGUUGCCCGCGCGGCCGCAGAGCCCCUCAACCAGACCGACGUCGUGCCGGGCUACCACCAAUGGCUACAACCGUUGCUCUCUGCCAAGCUAUAAUGACACUGCAGCACAGAAGAUGAUGUAAAUACAUGCACUUUAGUAGUACCCCAAAUUCGAACCUAAUUUGAAACGGGAGAAUGUGUGUGA